CCGCCCUCGGGCGCGGGGAGCAACGGAGCACCGGCCUCUGGGGCCGUUCUCCCCCACAGCGUUGGGGCCCUGUGCCACCUGUUGCACAAGGGCUGACGGAGCCCCGCGGUGUCGGAGCGGGCCUGGCUCUGCCCUAUGGCCCAGAGGCUGGCGCUCCAGCGGCUGCUGGCGCUCCCCACGCGGGGGCCCCUGCCAUCCCACGGCAGGGCCUUCGGCACCUCGGCCGGCCGCAGGAACACUUUCAACGUGCAGGAUGGCAGCGACUUCCAGGACCGGGUGGUGAACAGCCCCAAGCCCGUUGUGGUGGACUUCCAUGCGCAGUGGUGUGGUCCCUGCAAGAUCCUCGGGCCCAGAUUAGAGAAGCUGGUGGCCAAGCAGGAGGGGAAGGUGCUGAUGGCCAAGGUGGACAUUGACGAUCACACAGACCUCGCCAUCGAGUACGAGGUGUCAGCAGUACCAACUGUGCUGGCUAUGAAGAACGGAGACGUUGUGGAUAAAUUUGUGGGCAUAAAGGACGAGGAUCAGCUGGAGGCGUUCCUCAAGAAACUCAUUGGAGCCUGAAGUAAAAGGGUGGCUGUACCCCUGCCUCUGGACACGUCCAUGUUGUGCAUUCCUUGCCUGGGAGAGCUGUGGGCAGGUCAAUUGCCUGCCUGUACAACCCGGGGGUUUCUUCUGUUUUGGUGUUUUUAGGAGAUGGAAAAUGUUGUAACCCUUCCCUCCUUCUCCCCCUUCUCAUGAGCAGCAGUAGUUGCAAAGGGCACUGAGGAGCAGGGCUGCUUAUUCUCAAAAUGGGGAAUGUGGCUGGAAUUAGGAGCCUGUGUUUAUCAGCCAAGAGCUGACGUGCAGAGCUGCUGCUGCUGCUGAGUUAAGAGGAGGAAUGUUUUUGUCUUUGCCUCACAUCUGAUAGCCCAGAGCAGAGGGCAGCUGCUCCCUGCAAGAUGAUGGUACAUACCUGCCCUGGGUGGGUUCCUUUAAAGCUGAGAAUGCCUCUGCCUCUGUGAAACCUGUCUCUUUCUUCCUCUGUCCUUGUCUUGAUGGGACAGGUACAACUCCUCCACAAAUCCAUGGGCUCCCACCAUAAUUUAAUAAGAGAAAAUAGGGAGAAGUAUUUUAUAGAUCUCCUUUUGUUUGUCUGCAGCAGUAGAGAACUUUUAUCAGUCACUGCUGUCUAGCCAGGAGAAUAAAACUCCAUUCUCACAAAUCUGUGCAGAGAGGUGAGUUGGGAGUAUCAGCAGCACAGUUUCUAAUGAUAAGUUGGGUGUGUGCAGGUUAUGACUUGAUCUCUUACUAAAAGGUAAUGUGCUGAAAACAAAAUAGGGUAUUCCUUCCAUGGGACUUUCAGUAGGACCCCCUUUGUGUGCUGCUGGAUGCAGGGGGCCAGAGGAGGACUCACCUCUCAUGCACAGAACAGCUGCUCCUUGCACACAGGGAACCUGAGCUGUGCUCCCUCCCCCUGUGCUUUUCUCACCCCUCCCUGUCUGUGGAGCUGAGAGCCUCCCUCUCCCUGUCGUGAAUAAUUCAGCGUGGCCACACGGGUGAGCUCUGCCAGAAGGCAGCCUUUUGACUUCAAUUGCCCUGACCUUUGGACUAAGGGUACCAGUUGUGGGCUUCUGUCUGAGCAGCCUUCAGCCCUUCUAACCUCUUCCUCCUCCUCCUCACAUACAUACACCUGUUUCCUGUCAACCUGGCUUCGGAGUGCUCCCAGCCUCUUCCUGAGCUUGCAGGCAGAGCACAGCACCAGCACUGAUGAUUACUGUACUGUUUAAUUCCAGCUUGCUUAUCUAAGCUGCAUGAGAACAUUGUAAAUGCUUAAUAACUAUGUACAAGCUGCCUUUUUUUUUUUUUUUUUUUUUACCACAGCUUCUGUUUCCUUCAGUCAGUCUUAAAUCUGCUCUGGCAUUGCUCCAUUUUACCUCCCUGGUAUAUGAGCAGCCAGGUAAUUUUUUUUCUGCACCUCUGCAGUAACAAUUUAUGACUUUUGAAGGAACCAGGGGAGUGGUGAUCCAAGUCCUGCUGCAACUGCAGUGCAGCUGGCUGGCAUCACUGCUCCCACCUGCUUCUGUUCCCCUGGAGCCAGGCCACAGCACAAGGUGGUACCGGUCUCUUGAGGUGGGUGCCUCCCACUGGGGCUGGGCUGACCUCACCGCUGGCACACUACUAGAGGUGAUGUCACUUGAAUGUAAUCUGGUAAAGAACUGUUGGGCAGUUAGAAUCAAUAAAAACUGGCAUUUCAUUUUAUUCCAGAGAUCA